AAAAAAAAAAAAAAUUGACAGUCGUUGAUUUACAUCAACAAUUUUGAGUUUUUAGGUUAUGUUUUCUUUUAUAUUUUGUGUUUAGGUUUCUAAUAUUUGGGACCUAUGACUUAUUGAAAUCAUCAAUAGAAAAUUUAAUAAUUUUAUAACAAAAUGUCGUCAACAGAAGUAGAAACUAAGGAUUUGUCCGAGAAUCAUGAAGCCAUUGUAGUGAAACUCAUAACAGACAUUCGCAGCGGGAAGCUUGAAGGCUCAAAUAAAAUAGCCAUGGCCACAGUGUCCUGUUUGGAGCAGAUCAUUGGAGACCUGGAGAACACCACCGCUUUCGAGCUGUCGGCGGCGGUGCGUGCGGCCGGCCGCCGCGUGGUCCGCGCGCUGCCGCAGCAGCUGGCGGCCGCCAACAUGGUGCGCCGCGUGUUGCGCUUCAUACGUGACGAGUACAGCGCGCACGCCAACCUGGGCGGCGAGAGCGCGGGCGAGGGCCUGCAGCGGCUGGUGCUGGCGACGCCGGCGCGGCGCGGCACGCUGGGCGCGGCCGGCACCGACCUGCGCGGGCCCAUCCGUGACCAGAUCUCAGAGCUGCGCGCGGAGCUGGAGGCGAGCCGCGCGGCGGUGGUGGCGCAGGCGCGCUCGCACGUGCACGCGGACGAGCUGCUGCUGUCGUGCGGCGCCAGCGCGCUGGCCGAGCGCUUCCUGCGGGCCGCCGCGCCGCGCCGCUACCGCCUGCUGCUGGCCGACGGGCCGCACCCGCCCGCCACCCACGCGAUGGCAGCCCGGCUGAGUCAAGCGGGCGUUCCCGUCACGGUCAUCGGCAACGAGUGCAUCUACGGAGUCAUGUCCAGGGUCAACAAGGUGGUGGUGGGCGCGGCGGCCGUGCUGGCGGGCGGCGCGGCGCUGGGCGGCGCGGGGCUGCACGCCGCCACGCUGGCCGCCCAGCACCACAGCGUGCCGGUGAUCGUGCUGGCGCCGCUGUACAAGCUGUGUCCGCUGCACGCGCGCGACCAGCACCACUUCAACGCGCUGGCCGCGCCGCACGCCGCGCUGCCGUACCAGCGCAGCGAGAGCAGCUCGGUGCACGUGUACGCGCCGCUGUACGACUACGUGCCGCCCGACCACAUCACCCUGUUCAUCACCAACCUCGGCGGCAGCUCCCCGUCCUACAUCUACCGGCUCCUCUCCGAGCUGUACGACCCCAGGGACUACCAGCUAUAUGAUGGCGCAACGGGCAUGAGCCAAGGGGGCUCUAGGAGGCCCUACUCGCGGGGGGGCCCUCGCUGGCACCCGCGAUACAAGGAGUUCUGGGAUUACGAGCAAAACUAUAGCGAUGGCAGCAGCGCGGGCAGCCCCAAGGAGGCGUGCGUGGCGCAGUCACCGCCGCCGGCGCCGGCGCCCGCCAAGCGCGACGUGCGCCACCACCACCACCACCCCCACGACCAGCGCCGCAUGAGCAUAGGGGGCGGUGCAGGCGGCUCGCGCCGCGCCGAGCGCCGCGCCGCCGGCCCCUCCGAACGACGGAGAUCAGACAUGCGCAUGAGUCCCGGCGCGGGCGCCGGCCCGUCGGCGGAGCCGCCGCACAUGAACCACGCUCCGCACCAUCACCAUCUGGACACCAACCCGCUGGAGGGCUCGGUGGAGUCGAUGGUGAGCGGGGCGGGCUCCUCGGACGGCGAGCUGUCGUCCAAGGCGGGCGACAGCCCCAGCAGGAAGCGGAGGCGGAUCUCCAGGCACCUGUCCUCGGGUGAAAGCAACGUGUCGGUGGCGGCGCCGGCGGUGGAGCGCCGCACGCCGCGCCACCACUACCAGCCGCCGCGGCGCAUGCGGUACGUGGGCGGCGGCGGUGGCGGCGGCGGAGGCGGCGGCGCGGGCGGAGGCGGCGGCGUGUGGCACGAGCGGCUGCUGGACGCGCCGCACGUGCCGCACGCGCACCACACGCCGCUGCUGCUCGACAUCAACCAGAUGUCGCUGCGCGGCGCUCGACUGAGCGCCCUGAGCGGCGCGGGCGUGUGGCCGCACCCGCACCCGCACCCGCACCCCCCGCACCCCGCGCACCCGCACCCGCACCCCGCGCACACGCACCGCGACCACCCGCAGCGGACGCAGAUGGGCGGCGUAUACGCGGGGCUGCAGUACCACGGCAGCUUCGCGCCGCCCCCGCCGCCGCGCGGACCCUUCGCGUCCCCCCCGCACCCGCCGCACCCCCACCAUGCGCAUACGCACUACAUUACUAACUCUCAGCGUGCCGAGGGUGGCCGCCUAGAGCUGCUGGGCAGCGGGGAGGGUACCCUGUCGCCGCUGCAGCCAGCCGCUGACUUGCACCACGCGCCGCUCUUACUCGCCACCGAGGCGCGGGGUGCGCCGCUCGACCUCAUGCCGCACCACGCGCGGCACGCCCUCACGCAUCAUCACCACCGUCGCAGCGGCGGCGGCGUGGGUGUGGGCGUGGGCGUGGGCGGCGGCGUGAACGUGGGCGUGGGCGUGGUGGGGUCCGCGUCGCGCGCCGCGCGGCCCUACGUGCGGCACGCGGCGCGCUGGCCGCACCACCCCAUACACCACAUACACACGCAGGGCGGCGGCGGGCUGGUGGGCGCCACGCUGCCGCACGUGCAGCAGCUGCACGUCGCGUCGCCGCUGUCGCUGCCGCCGCCGCCUCCACCCACGUACCAGGUGUUCCUGAACCUGCUGGCGAUGUUCCCGCUGUCGCCGUACGCGGAGGCGCGCGGCGAGGAGGCGCCCGACUCGCCCGAGACGGAGAACUACGAGGCGCUGCUGUCGCUCGCCGAGCGGCUCGGCGAGGCCAAGCCGCGCGGCCUCGCGCGCCAGGAGAUCGACCUGCUGCCCAGCUACAAGUACUCGCCGCAGACGCACCAAGGCGAGCAGUCGUCGUGCGUGGUGUGCAUGUGCGAGUUCGAGGCGCGCCAGACGCUGCGCGUGCUGCCGUGCGCGCACGAGUUCCACGCCAAGUGCGUCGACAAGUGGCUGCGGUCGAACAGAACGUGUCCGAUAUGCAGAGGGAACGCGUCCGAGUACUUCAGCAACUCGGAGUGACUCGACGCCGGCGGCCGCGCCUGCGCGCCGGACGUCUAGCGGCCGCGGCCGGACGCGGCCGGACGCGGCCGGACUACCGCGCACGGAGCUUGGUCUCUAUGUAUACGGGUCUGGGCGACCACGCGUCGCCGCUACGAGCAA